AUGGAUUCCGACUCUAGCUCCGUCUGCAGCCGCUCCUCAUCCCCAGACCUGGUGGUGGACGACUCUGCUGGGAGCUUCUUCUCCAACAAGAUGUUCCAGACGUACUGCCGAGAAAACAGAGAAGACAGCGAGGCCAGCCAGGGCAGGACGAAGCGCUGCAGUGGGGGCGGUAAAACCAAGACCAGGUCUGACCUCAACAAGGAUGAGGUGCAAGACCUGAGAUUGAAAGUCAACAGUCGGGAGAGGAAAAGGAUGCAUGAUCUGAACCAGGCGAUGGAUGGCCUGAGAGAGGUCAUGCCCUACGCUCACGGACCUUCAGUCCGCAAGCUGUCAAAAAUCUCCACCUUGCUGCUAGCUCGCAACUAUAUCCUCAUGCUUUCCAGCUCAUUAGAUGAGAUGAAGAAAUUGGUGGGGGAUGUUUAUGGAGGCAGUGCUGCCAUCCAGAGCCGCACUGCUGCCCACCCUGCUAUUACCCCUGCAGCCCCCACUGCCCACCUCCCUCUACAUCCUCUGGCACAGUCUCUGCACUCUCUGAUGGGCAGCACGCCCUCAGCCCUCCAGCAUCACUCAACCUCUACAGCCCCGCAGUCCCCUCCGUCCGCCAGCUUCCUGGGUUUUCAUGCUCCAGUCCAGGGCCUUCUGAAGGACCCCCUCCACAUGGCCGGCGCCUACAGGCACUUCCCUGGUAUGCCCUGCCCCUGUUCACUCUGCCAGCCUUUGCCCACCACUACCUCCACAUUACACAGCGUGUCUAUGACCAAGUGA